AUGAUGAUUUUACAGUUCCCAGCUGAAGAUGACAUGUCAAUCCUUUUGGACCAUACGGAUUCCUCAGCCCGUAUCGUCGGAGGGUCACCCGCCGGUCAUGUUCCUUACAUGGUAGCGCUGACCACAGGUGCAUUUGUAAGAGGUUUGCUUUGCGGUGGCUCCUUGGUCACUUCCAGACAUAUCUUGACCGCUGCCCACUGCAUUGACGCUGCUAUCUCCGGAAACAACUUGGUCAGUUCUCUUCGAGGUCACGUCAACACCAACCGCUACGCCAGCGGUGGUACUUCGUACUCGGUCUCUCGGCACAUCAUUCAUGAAAGCUACAACUCAAUUACUUAUAAAAAUGACAUCGGUUUCCUAGUCACUUCCUCCAACGUGGCAUUGUCGAACUCAGUAUCUCUAGUAGCUCUGAACUUCGAUUUUAUCGGUGCUGGCGUCGGAACAUCUGUCACCGGAUGGGGAAGAAUCAGGACUGGUGGUUCAUUGUCUCAAGUACUCUUACAAUUGAGUGCAACUGUUGUCGAUGGAAACUUCUGCAGAACUCGUGUCGCCCAACGCGCUCCUGAAAUCGGUGUACGUAAUGUACCGGAUGUCGAUCCUAACGUAGAAAUCUGUACCUUCCAUUCCAACGGACACGGAAUGUGCAAUGGUGACUCCGGCAGUCCGCUGAUGCGCGCCGACCGCAACCAGCAGAUAGGUAUCGUGUCCUGGGGCCUGCCGUGUGCGCGCAAUGCUCCCGACAUGUUCGUGCGUCUAAGCGCAUACCGUUCUUGGAUCGAACAGAACACGCAAUAA